CUGCUGCUGCAGGUUUGGUCGGCGCGGCAGGAGCGGGCAGCCCCUGCGAGAAGGCCUGCAACCCCCGGAUGGGCAACCUGGCCCAUGGGCGGGCGCUGCGGACGGAGACGGCUUGCGGCCGCCACGCCACCGAGCCCUUCUGCGCCUACGCCGAGGACACCCAGCGCCGCUGCAAGCGUCCCACCUGCGGCAGGUGCAGCGGGGCCCACGCGGGGCUGGCCCACCCUCCCGCCGCCAUGGCCGAUUCCCCCUUCCGCCUGCCCCGCACCUGGUGGCAGGCGGCCCGGGAUGCCCCUCGCGAGACCAUCCAGCUGGACCUGGAAGCCACCUUCUACUUCACUCACUUGAUCCUGGUCUUCAAGUCGCCCAGGCCAGCUGCCAUGGUGCUGGAGCGCUCCCGGGAUUUCGGCGAGACGUGGGAGCCUUACAAAUAUUUUGCUGCUAACUGCUCGGCCACCUUCGGGCUGGAGGAUGAUGUGAGGCAGAGAGGAGCCAUUUGCACUUCCAGAUAUUCGAGUCCCUUCCCUUGCACCGGAGGAGAGGUGAUAUACCGAGCCCUGUCACCACCCUACACCGCAGAGGACCCCUACAGUGCGGAAGCCCAAGCGCAGCUGAAGAUCACCAACCUGCGGGUGCGGCUGCUGGAGCGGCAAGGGUGCCCCUGCCUCCUUCCCAGCCCAGCCCACCAGCCCCGGCAGCCCCCACCAGCCCUGCACUAUGCCAUUUAUGAUUUCAUCGUGAAGGGCAGCUGCUUCUGCAAUGGCCACGCUGACCACUGCCUCCCCGUUGCCGGAUUCAAGCCUGUCAAGGCGGCUGGUGUUUUCCACGUGGUCCAUGGGAAAUGCAUGUGCAAGCACAACACAGCAGGGUCCCACUGCCAGCAAUGUGCCCCACUCUACAAUGACCAGCCUUGGCAGGCUGCUGAUGGCAAAACUGGAGCCCCCAGAGAGUGUCAGUCGUGCAAGUGUAAUGGGCAUGCUGACACUUGUCAUUUUGACAUGGAUGCAUGGCUGGCAUCAGGCAAUCGCAGCGGUGGCGUCUGUGACAACUGCCAGCACAACACAGAAGGGCAGCACUGCCAGCGCUGCAAGCCGGGCUUCUACCGGGACCUCAGGAAGCCCUUCUCUGCUCCAGAUGCCUGCAAACCCUGCUCCUGCCACCCCCUGGGAUCGGCCGCCCUCCCCCUGGGACCCCGCACCUUCUGUGACCCCAGCACGGGUGACUGUCCCUGCAAGCCUGGGGUGGCAGGGCCCCGCUGUGACCACUGCCUCCCUGGAUACUGGGGCUUCGGGGCCUACGGCUGCCGUCCCUGCGACUGCGCCCGCAGCUGCGACCCCCGCACCGGUGACUGCCUCAGCAGCAGCUCGGAUGUGACCUGGCACCAUGAAACACCUCCUUUCCAGGCUAUGAUCAAUGAGAGCGAGCCCACCUGGGGCUGGGAGGAUGAGCAGGGCUUCUCAGCACUCCGGCACUCUGGUAAAUGCGAAUGUAAAGAGCAAGUUUUAGGGAACCCCAAGGUCUUCUGUGAGAUGAAGUACACCUAUGUGAUCAAGACAAAGAUCUUGUCAGCCCAUGACAAAGGCUCCCAUGCAGAAGUCAAUGUGAAGAUCAAGAAAGUCUUGAAAUCUACAAAGCUAAAGAUCCUUCGGGGCAAGAGGACACUCUACCCUGAAUCCUGGACUAACAGAGGCUGCACUUGUCCCAUCCUCAAUCCUGGCUUGGAGUACCUCGUGGCAGGACAUGAGGACACCCGAACAGGCAGACUCGUUGUCAACAUGAAAAGUUUUGUCCAUCAGUGGAAGUCGGCUCUUGGAAGAAAGGUCCUGGAGAUUUUGAAAAGAGACUGCAACUAGAGGUGCACGAUGGCCUAAGGGCAUUUCUUUAUGCACAAAAUGCAACAGCCUUCACAGAGAGAAGAUCUCUAGGAUGAAAACUGGAAUGUAAGAAAAUAGUGCCAAAACAUGUAGCAAGGUGUUUGGAGUUGUAGGCACUAUCUAAUUUAACUCUUCCUAGCCAAUGUUCAUUCACUUGCCUGUAGCUUCCUUGCCAGGUGUUCUCCUGAGCCUGGCUCAUUGUUAUGUUGAGGGAAACAAAAGGAAGGGCAGACACUUGUCUCACUUCAGUGCAAUGUUGGGGAAACUCCUCUGAAGCCACUGAUCACUCUAGACUAAAUUGCCACCCUAGAGAGGGAAGGCGUGACCAUGAGCUAGAGCUGAGAAGCAAAACACCACUGCCAGUGCCACCAGCAUGGAUCUGGAGUGACUUCCAGAGGUUCCCAGAGGAUGCUGUGAGGAAGGCAAGGGCCGAAGUGGUAGGCAGUCACAAAAAGUGACAACCAUUCUUUUAAACCCCUCCCUCAAGUUAGGGCGCAGCACCUGCCAAGGAGAAUCAAGCACCACGUGCUUUUAACCUGGUCACCCCGCUGAAGGUUUCGGGGGCUGCAUUCUCUGGCAGUGCUGGUGAAGAUGGAGCUCCCGGAGUGAAUCCAAUCCCUCUGCCUUGGCACAAGUGCAGCACGGGGCAGAGUCUGGGUCUCCACCCCCCGCACGGCCCCAGAGAAGGGGCAGCUCCAGAGGGUGCAGCACCUCGGAGCUUUUUUUUGUCCUUGAAGUGUUAAAAAAAUGAACCUAGCCCUAGUGUAAAUAUUUCAUUGUAUAAAGCACUUUACUACCUGCCACUUGACUGUGCAGGAAGUCUAAUUGUGUUGGGGAAAGAAGAGGUUGAAGGUGGCACAUGGAAAAAAAACUCCCUGAAACAGAAGCACUCCUGAAGAUCCCCCCCAGUUGGACGGCGUUAACGCUAUAAAGGGAAAGGCCGGCCUGGCACUGGCCACUCAGAGUAUCUGAGGAUACAAUCUGAAAGCUAAAGUAUUUGCACUGAAGUCUCAGCUUCAGACCAGCACUUGGACCCCGUGGGCAGGACUCCAGCAAGACUUUGCAACAGUGUGAGAAGAGACUUGGAGACAAAAAAUGCAAUUUCCAGAGGAGAAAAACUCUGCCUGUGGAUGCGGAGAACAGAAAGGACUUGCAUUCUUGUAUCACAACCCAGUGAUUCAUGGUGGGCCUGGAGUUUAUUUUAUUUUUAUGUUAGUAUUUAAAACUGACCUUUUUUUUUUUCUUCUGUGUUAUUGUUUGCAAUAUAUAUAUGGCCAUUAUAUUUCCUCAUUAACACCAGUAUGGAAUAUAGCACAGUCUACUGCAGCUUUCAGCACUAAAAUAUAUCUUUUCUGUAAAGCAUCUUUAAACCACAUUGCAUAGAGUGUAUUUUGUUCAUGAGAGUGAAGGGAAAGAAAAGGAAGACAUACAAGACCAGAAAAGUCAUAAGUCUUAUCAGUCUGCUUUACGUAUGUAUUUUUCUUUCGAGGUCCUGUGGACUC